AUAUUUCUAUAAUUGGUACACAAUACCAUUCUUAAAUGUUUGUGGCACGUGGCUGAAUUAAUGAAAAUGUACCGAGCAUCACUGAACACGGGAGGAAUGCAAAACUCUGCCAUGGAGCUUAUAAACUGCAGACAAAACUAAAGAAUUUAUUCUAAGGAAAUAAAUUACUGAGUCAAGGGUAUCAAUCUUUUAAAGCUUUUGAAACAUAGAUCUGUAUAGCCGUCUGGAAAAAUUGUGCCAUGACUACCAAUAGUAUCUGAAAUUACCCCUUUUCAUCACAUUUUCUUUGCCAAGGCAUCAAAUAAUGUCAUCUGAAAUGGUGCCAGCAUUUGUUGAGACUUCUAAUGUUAAAAGCAAGCAAGACUUAAGUGAAGAUCAGGAGGAGAGCAAGAAGCUAAGAUUAGGUGAAGAGUUUGAACAAAUAUCUAAAAGACAAAUGAAGAAGCUAAUAAAACAGAAACAAUGGGAAGAACAGCGAGAACUCCGCAAACAAAAGAGGAAGGAAAAACGCAAGAGAAAGCAAUUAGAGCGACAGUGUCAACUGGAAUCAAACUCGGAUGGAAAUGAUAGAAAACGAAUUCGAAGAGGUGUUGUUCACAGCACGCUUCGCCUUAUCAUUGAUUGCAGUUUUGACAGCUUGAUGAUAUUAAAGGACAUUAAGAAACUUCAUAAGCAGAUUCAACGAUGUUAUGCAGAAAAUCGACGAGCACUGCAUCCUGUACAGUUUUAUUUGACAAGCCAUGGAGGCCAGUUGAAAAAGAACAUGGAUGAAAAUGACAAAGGAUGGGUCAACUGGAAGGAUAUCCACAUUAAACCAGAACACUAUAUUGAAUUCAUAAAGAAAGAAGACCUGAUUUAUCUUACAUCAGAUUCACCUAAUGUACUGAAGGACUUAGAUGAAUCAAAGGCUUAUGUGAUUGGAGGAUUAGUAGAUCACAACCAUCACAAGGGUCUCACAUAUAAACAAGCAUCAGAUCAUGGAAUUGAUCAUGCACAGCUACCCCUUGGAAAUUUUGUGAAGAUGAAUAGUAGAAAAGUUUUGGCAAUUAAUCAUGUGUUUGAGAUUAUUCUGGAAUACCUGGACACAAGAGACUGGCAAGAAGCAUUCUUUACUGUUUUACCCCAAAGGAAAGGAGCUGUUCCCACAGACAAAACCAGUGAAAGUUCUGCCCAUGACAAGAAGUCUUCCAGGGUUGAAGGUGGAUUGGACAGUGAUUCCAGUGAGGAAGAAACUAGCAGAAAUGAACUAGAUUCACCACCUGAAGAAGAAAAGCAGGAUAAAGAAAAUAGCACUGAGUCUACAGUGAACUCUAUACCAUAGUAAUGUCAUCUGGGUUUUUUGUUUUGUUGUUUUUUAGUGUGUGUGGUUUUUUUUGAUUAAGGAAAAACUAGGAGAAAAUGAGGUGCUUCAUAGAAUAUUCAAGUGGAAGAAAACUUUAUUUUACUUUUUAUGAUUUUUUUUUAAAACUUAUACAGCAAUAAAAAGUCCUUGUAAGAAAGCACUUUCUGUUUUUGCAUAAGAUUUCAAUAUGUAAUUUUUAAAAAUAGUUUUCUAAGCCUCAAAUAAGAGUUUUUGAGGAAUUUUACUUUAAUAAUAAACCUUCAUUGUCUUAUUUACUGGGUUAUAUACUUCAGAGUGUGCCUUCUGAAUCUUUAGUUUUAUUAUUUUAUGUUUAUAUCAGUGUCUUUCUGAUUUAUUGCCUACUUAUUUGUGGAGGCAGAUUUCAUAAAUCACCUAUAACUGUACCAAAAUUUUCAGUAUGGGAGGUUACCUUCUAUUUGCAGCUUUUAUAUUCAAUAUAAUAGCUUCAAAGGAAUGAACAUAGUGAUUUAAGGAGGAAGUAUCAGAUUGAUAAACUCAGCAACUUAUUUCUUUUGGACUAUGGAUCUGUCUGUUUCUCCUUUUGAUGCCUUUUAGUUGUUCUAAUGCAGUCACUGAAGAGUUGAUCUCUUUAAUAUAUUUUUAUUUUAUUUUUUUAAAUAUAUUUCCUUAAUUCAAAUAAUGGUGGUAAAUUAUUUCAAUUACAAAACUUAAUUUUUCAGGCUAGAUUAUUUCAAAAGGCUGUUGAAGGAUCAAUUUUGUCUUUACCUAGAAAGAAAUAGCUCUCAGCAGCUAUCUUUUCAUUCCAUAUAUGCUUUUAUUUAAAAAAAAAAAAAAGUUGGUUCUUAAAGUAAAUAAAGUUAACUUUAUAUGUGCAUCUGCCUAUCAUAUAAGCAAACUAAUGUAAAUGUAUAUUUCUGUAAAUAAUAUAAGCAUGUAUGAAUAUAUGCAUAUAACUGUAGAUACAUGUGUGUCCACAUCAUGUGUGAUUCUUAUUUAAUAAGCAGGAUUCAGUUGCUGUAUAUGUGUAUUAUUUGUGUGAAUGGUAGUGUUCAGCAACACUAAGGAAUUUAAAUUUCAUAAAGUGCAAAAUCUAUAAUUAAACAUUUGUAUAAGGACAUUGGCAAGGGAAUAUGGGGCUGAAUGAGAUGUUUAGUUUCCUGUAGAGCAGUUAUGUUUAAAGUAAGUGAUUCUCCUUUGCCACAGCUGUAGCAAGAUGUCAGAAGCCUUCGAGUGGAUAAGUGAAGUUUCUGUUCUUUUUACUAAUUGGCAUCUUAAAUUAUGCACACAUUUGGUAGAAAGUUUAUUGGAUUUAAUAUAGGUGUUCUCUGUCCCUUAUUUUUUGCUGCUUUAUUCUUAGUAAUCUAUUAUAGUUAUCCAUUUAAAGUAAGGUCUGUGAGCAAGGUAUGUAAAUAAAAAGCUCCUACAAUUCUAGAAGAACAAA